AUGCUCGACGAUGAAAUUACUUACAUUGUUCCUGAUGGUUUGAUCAAAGGUCUUCAAGGUGGAGAUGUUGGCAGCGAUUUGUGGUCAUAUCUUGGUGGUGUCAAAUGGCUUGCAAAAUGUGUCAUCUAUCGCAAACACAAGUUCUAUGGAGCUGGUGAUGAUGAAGAUUGA